AUGUCUCGACGAUAUGAUUCACGGACCACCAUCUUCUCCCCAGAGGGUCGACUCUACCAAGUCGAAUAUGCUCUUGAAGCCAUCUCACAUGCUGGUACUGCUCUCGGCAUUCUAGCCAAGGACGGCAUUGUCCUUGCCGCUGAGAGGAAGGUGACCAGCAAGCUGCUGGAGCAGGAUACCUCCGCCGAGAAGCUGUAUACCAUCAAUGAUAACAUGAUCUGCGCCGUCGCUGGUAUGAACGCCGAUGCCAACAUCCUCAUCAACUACGCACGGCAAAACGCCCAACGCUACCUCCUCACCUACAACGAAGACAUUCCCUGCGAACAGCUAGUGCGCCGGCUGUGUGACCUGAAGCAAGGAUAUACCCAACACGGUGGUCUCCGCCCGUUCGGUGUGUCGUUCAUCUACGCUGGAUGGGAUCACCUGCGCCAGUUCCAGUUGUACCAGAGCAACCCAAGUGGAAAUUACGGAGGCUGGAAGGCCACCAGCGUCGGAGCCAACAACGCCAGCGCACAGAGCCUGCUUAAGCAAGACUACAAGGAGGACUCUACUUUGCAGGAGGCCUGCGCAAUGGCUGUCAAGGUCUUGAGCAAGACGAUGGAUUCGACGAAGCUGAGUAGUGAGAAGAUCGAGUUCGCAACAGUGGGUAAGACCAAGGAUGGAAAGAUCUACCACCACCUGUGGAGCGCCGAUGAGAUUGAUGCCCUGCUGCGGGAACAAGGGCUUGCCAAGGUGGAUGACGAGCCCGAGGCUGGUGAGAUAAAAUAG